AUGCCGCCCACGUGGCCCCUCGCGACGCCCCCACCGCUGCCGUCGCCAGCCCGCCAAGUCCACCCGCACCCCUACACCCGCACCGACACGACGUCCGCCGCCUCCUCCGCCGCCGCCGCCUCUACCGCUACCACUCGCGCCGCUGCGCUGACUGUCUUUGUCCGCAUGAAGGACCGCGCAGGGACCGUCGCGCUCGCCGUCCCGCCCGCGCCCGCGUCGCCCACAGCGCUCAUCGUGCGCUUCCACGAAGUCGCGUUCGGCAAAUCGUUCGCUGCGUUCGCCGCGCACGCCGAGCGCCUCGCGCGGCGCCACACCACUGAGCGCCUCGAGACGCGCGUCACGAGCCUCGACGACGUGCGCGACGGCGACGUGCUGGUCUACACGCCGUGCCAAGAGCUCCGGACGCUCGUGGACCAGGGCUGCGUGACGCCUGUGCUGACGUCGGGCGGCCACUCGCCGCGCCACGUGAGUCCUGCGAGUUCGCCCACGGGCUGCCUCGGCCUCAAGCGCAAAGGCCGCGCCAAGUCCGUCACGCACAAUGCCGAGCGCGUGCACCGCUACGCGUCCGAGUUGCUGCACAUGGACGUGUCGCGGAAAGAGCGCGAGCACUUGGAAGAGAUGCUCAUUGUCGGCGACGAACAAGUGGUCGACGCCAUGGAGCACUUUGUCGUGCACCGCAACGCGGCGCGCGUGCGGCGUGUGCUGCAUGGACCAGCGGCGGCGGCUGCUACUACUACUGGGACUGCUACUGCUGCAACAAAAACGACGCACAACACGGCGGUGCUCGAGCACUUGUCGCAGGAUUUCAUGUCGAUGGACGUGCGCGCGUCGACGACGUCGUCGACGGACGACUUUGGGGACCCGUUCUUGGUAGCUACGUCACCAGUGUGUCCACGAGCAGCGACAGGAGCGGCGUCUGCAGCAGUUGAAGAGAAGACGCAGCGACCGCUGCUGCUGCCGCAUGUGGACAGCUACUCGAUGCGAAGGGCGUCGGAAGGAGAGCGUCCGUUGCUCAUGUUGAACGGUGACGUGCUGUCGAGCGCGCCUACUUAUCUGCAGCCGAUCAAAGAGAAGGAAACGCCGCCGUCGGGACGCAUGUCGCUGUCGCUGUCGGACGACCUGGACCCGAGCAGGAACACCCGGACGCCCAUGCAGCUGUUUUCGAUCGAGAAGCUGCUGGACGGUGUACCUGUUGCACGCGACUUUUAUGACCAGUACACGGUGGGCGCGGUGCUGGGAUCCGGCAAGUACUCAGUGGUCAAGCAGUGCACGAAGAGGCCGACGGGCGAGCAGUUUGCCGUGAAGAUUAUUGACAAGCGACAGAUGAUUGAGAUCCGGUUUCUCAAGCGCGAGCUGGAGAUCAUGUACGGCCUGCGGCACGAUGGCGUCGUGCGGCUGCUGGAGCUCUUUGAGAGCAACGACUGUGUGUUUCUGGUCAUGGAGAUGUGCGGCCAGGAGCUGUUUGAGUUUAUUGACCGGAACGGACCACUGGCCGAGUCUGUCACACGUCCCCUGAUUCGCAAGCUCGUGCGUACAGUCGCGUACUUGCACGCCGAGUGCAUUGUGCAUCGCGACAUUAAGCCGGAGAACAUCCUGCUACCCCCUUGCAGCCAAGACGUGAGCGACAUUAAGCUGUCGGACUUUGGCAUUGCGCGGAAGCUCGAAGGCAAUGGCCAUGACAAUGUGCUCACGCCUCACGAGAGUUUGUCCGAGGUCGCAAACCUCCUUGACGCACCGGGCACAAACGCUUCGGGUUUGCCGUCUUCGACUGACAUGGUGCGGAACCGCAUGGCUCGAGCACACACCAAGUGUGGGACACGCGACUACAUUGCGCCUGAAGUAAUGAGCGGCAAGGGCUAUGGCACAGAAGCUGAUCUGUGGAGCGUGGGCGUGGUUACGUAUGUGCUGGCAAGCGGGUGUGCACCCGUUUUCUUGCCCACAGUCGAGGGAGUGAAGAAGGUGUUUUUCGCCGACGAAGCAUGGAGCGGUGCGUCCGACGACCUCAAGCGCUUCAUCGAAGCUCUACUCGUGCGUAACCCGGAGAAGCGCAUCACUGCCGCCGACGCAUUGGAGCACCCGUGGUUGAAGGAGUGA